UGUAAAAUGUUUUACUUUGAAUAACAACGAAUGGUACGAAUAUACUUCAAAGUGUAGCUGCAAGGUUUGUGCGCGAUUAUGACUUCGAAUACUCUGAUCAUAGGAACUUCAUGUCCUUGCUGGAACACGAGCCUGAACCUUUGACCGUUAACCGGCUUGCCAAUUGGAGAUUUCCGUUUUCGCGAAAGAGAAUGAUUCGCGUUUUAGCCAUCCGCACAGUGCACAGACGUUGGACGUUGCUAAGGACAACGAGCGAUUCCGGUGAAACAACUCUUACGAAACAUCCAGGGAUGCUAUUAUAUCACGUGCAGUAUCCGACGAAUGUUCCGCAAGAACCGCCUGUGAAAACAAGCGACAACGCACCAGAGACGGGAACUUACAAAACAAUAACAUCCACAGUCAACAGAGAAACGGUACAACUAUUGCAGAGACUCUCUCUAGUUGAUCUCGACACCGAGGACGCCCUACGCACUCUCCACGAUUCCAUUACGUUCGCCUCACGCAUUUUGCACAUCAACACCGACGGAGUUAAACCGCUGGUGUCGGUGCUGGAAAAGGAACAAUUAAACCUUCGUGCAGACAUAGUUGACGAUGGCAAUCAGCAAGAACACGUGCUACGAAAUGCGUCCAUUACGGAAGAGGAAUACUUCAUGGCUCCACCAGGGAAUAUCCCACUGGAAUGGCAACCGAACAGAUCCGAGCCGUGAACCGAGAGCCGCGUCCAAUACAAGUGGAAGGGCUACAUUAGUACCAAUUAAUUUAUUAAUAGUAAUUUACUGUGCAUGUUUCUGUUGCAAUUAGAUACCUUUUCAGCAAGCAAUUGCACGACACAUUUUAAGAAUGAUAGGGUAAACGUGUUUAUCACUGAAGCAAUUCAACACCAGUCAGCGCCAUCAUAAACACACCUGCACGACGAUAGCACUCAAUUCUUUUACUUAAAUAAAUAAUAAUGUUUCUUUUUUUCCUUUAUAAAAGCAUGAGCAGCGGGCUAAGUUUAAAUGCCAACCUUAAAGGUAGUUUGCAAUAAUGGGUUAAUCAUAAUAACAAGCACAUGUCAAUAUUGAAAGAGCUCAAGCACAUUUCUGCAUUGCUGCGCAGACAUAUCAAAGUCUAACAAGGGCAGUAGACGAUUAUAAGCGUCAUAAAUUAAAACAAAUGGAACACUUAGUCCGGUGACUGUAUAACGCACUGGCAAUUUUAUCUCAGCAUUUGUCGUCUACCUUAUCGCUCGGCUUGAAGCCGCAAGCUGUAUUAGAGAUAGCAGGGAUUGAGACCCAAUCGACGCAAUCUAAACACAAAUAACCAUGGUCUGACCUGGUUAAGGACAAGGAUGCCUAGUAGUAAUCACCUAGUUCUAUAGUUAAUUAACAGUUGUUAUAUUGAAAGUAGAACGUAUAUUUAAACCACUUUUUCGUGCUCCGCUUCCCACGAUCUCUAUGGUAGUUUUUUACGUUUUCGGUAGCCUUCCUUUCUCUCCAAUUGUGUGCACAUCCUGAAUAAAACUAAAUAAAAUAAAUAAAAACUACGAAAAUCGUAAGUAUUUGUUUCUGCACCUUACGUGUAGGC